UACUAGAGGGCUCGUUGGCAUUAGAAUGGGCGCAAUGCGCAUGCACCGGAUUUUGCCCCACUGUGUCCGAUCUGUCGACAAAUGACGGCAGCCCUUGAAGAAGCGUCAGGACUUUGGUGAGCUGUUGUUUUUGUAAAAUUGUCCAGGAAGGAUGGUCGUCCACUCGUCUGUGGUCUGUUGAGUUUGUUUAAUGGAUUUGAGGAGAUAUUUUAUCCGUCGACGAUUGUUUUUCUUUAUCUGCAUGCAAAAGUGUAGAAACGCAUUCGGACGAAAGCCACAUUCAAGCGUGUAAGUGGGUGGUGUAAUUGGUGAUUUCUGAAGUGAUAACAGCAAAACGAAAUCGUUCGACGGUUGCUCGCAUAUCUGGUAGCCUUAUUAGUUUGGUUCCAUUCUCGUAAGUGAUUGCUACAGUGUAUCUUAAUUUGUACCGAGCAUAGAUUUGAUAACACCAUUUUUUGGAAUUUAGAAGUGUUUCAGAAAAUAAGUGACGCAGAAUAGUGCCGUAUAUUAGCUUUGGAAUAGUGUGUAGCCAUUUUUUAUUAUUGUAAAAUUGUGACAUAGUAUGGACAGCAACCAAACAAGCAUAAUACCCCACCAAAAUCAAUCAAAACAAUUUAUUGUGAAAGUGAUCUGACGGAAUUGUGAUCCAUUUAUUAUUUUUUGUGUUGAGCAGUUACAAAUUUUAACCUACGAAAACACGUUCAAAGGCGUAUGCAACAAUAAAACACACAAAAACCGCUCAAAAUCAUUAAUCGUGCAAGAGUGUAAAGAAACAAUUCAGACACAAAACAUUCUGCAGAUAUUUGAAAUGCUACUUAAACGUGCAAGGAACGAGUACAGCUUUUGAAAUAGAGAAACUAUGAGAGGAUUGUAUUGAAUCUUCUUUAAGAGAUGCAUCCUAAAUCAUUACUAGCAUUCAACUUCUGACAAAAUCCUGAUAGAUGGUAAGACGCGGCUCGUUAGUAGUUGAAUGUUGUCAGGUGAUAUUUUGAUCCGUCAACCUUUGAGUGUGGCCUUGCUGCCGCCACCCUCAUUAAUAGAGUUUUGUAAAAUUAUGGCGGCAAUUGCAACGCUUGCCAAUCAGCAAAAUAUCGACGAUGAUGACAUUUUCCUAGAAAAUGGUCUUUUGAGUUACGAAAACCCCAACUAUCAUAUGGAUCCUCAGCGAAUGGAACGCAAUUCUCAUCUGUACGAGGAAAUCAUUUCUGAAUUGCAGCAGCAGGGUACACUACGACCGAUUGCGGGCGUACAGAAUGGUUCGCAAAUGAUCGGCAACAACCGCAAGGGUUACGGAAUGCUUGACCUCGGCACAAUGGGAGUAGAGCUGAAGGGCGGUGCAGACGAAAGUUCCCCGAAGGAAAAGAAAACGUUGCUUAGCGACACGUCUCCGAACGAGUCGAAAACGCAGAAAGAUCAGGAACCGGAGCAUGGCGAAAAAACGCAAGAGAUUCAACACAUUCCCGGCACGCUCAAUUCGGACGACCUGUACGCAGUCCCGAACAAGCGGAAACAGACCGAGGUAGGGGAAGUGCCACCGGAAGAGGACGACGCUGACGACGACGAGCCGGACGGAGACGGCGCGAGGGAUGGCGAGGAGAAAGGAAAGCGGGAAGAUAUCGACGCAAUCGAAGACAAGGACAAAACAAACGAUCUACCACCGGGCUGGGAGAAACACGAGGACAAUGGAGGUGCUUACUACUGGCAUAUCAAAUCGGGCACCAUCCAGCGCGAACCGCCUGUGUGGCCAAAGGACGCUAGCAGUUCUGAAUUGAAGACACCCAGCAUUCCCAUACCGCGAAGUAUACAGAAUUCCUCCUUUACCCAGGCCUUGAACAAUCUGUACGGCAAUCCAAAGGAAGGCAAUGGCGCUAGUGGCAACAGCAAAUCCGCCCUCUACGACAGUAUGACGUCCUCCGUCACCAGAAGUAGCACCAGUUCGGCAUUGGAUCAGGAAGACGAGCGACGCCGCCGGGAGGAUGUGGCGUUGAAGCGACGAAGCUUCCCUCUCAAAUCUGAUACAGAUCGACCAAUUCGGUUUGCGGUGCGUUCGCUUGGUUGGGUCGAAAUUGCGGAAGAAGAUUUAACACCGGAACGCUCAUCCAAAGCCGUUAAUAAAUGCAUCGUUGAUCUGUCCUUAGGGCGCAACGAUAUGCUCGACGUAGUGGGGCGCUGGGGUGAUGGUAAAGAUUUGUUCAUGGACCUUGACGAAGGCGCACUGAAGUUGAUAGAUCCGGAAAAUUUGACAAUAUUAAACUCACAGCCAAUUCACACGAUACGCGUAUGGGGUGUCGGACGUGAUAAUGGCCGUGAAAGGGAUUUUGCGUAUGUUGCGCGUGAUCGUCUCACCAGAAUACACAUGUGUCACGUGUUUCGCUGUGAAACUGCUGCCAGGACGAUUGCAAAUACGCUCAGAGAUAUUUGUAAGCGAAUAAUGAUCGAACGUUCCCUCCAACUCGAUGCAAAUGGAUCCAACAUGAACAGCACACGGUGCGCUAUACGUCCCACGGAUCUACCGACUGAAAACCGACGCUGGAUACGACACCCACAAUCAUUCCCUACUCCAAUGGAAGAACCGAAGAAAGUAUUACGGGCACAGUACGUUGGCUUUGUGGAAGUAAACCAACCGACCGGAAUGGAAGUGCUGAAUGAUGCCAUCGAUAAACUGACUUCCUGCACGCUACCAGAAAACUGGGACUACGUAAAUGUCGCAGUAGCUCCUAGUAUGAUUAGCGUCAACUCAUCGGAUCCUGAUGGACGCUUGCUUAGCGAAUGUCGUGUACGGUACUUAAGCUUCUUGGGUAUUGGUAAAAAUGUGCAACAGUGCGCAUUCAUCAUGCACACUGCACAGGAUAAGUUUGUAGCACACGUAUUUUACUGUGAACCAACAAGCGGACCACUUUGCAAAACGAUAGAAGCCGCUUGUAAGUUGCGUUACCAAAAAUGUUUGGAUGCUCACCCUGAAGGCAGCGGCCGUUACUCAGCCGAUUCGCAAACGCCAGGAAAGGGAAUUGGUGCGACUUUAAAAAACUUGAUGAGCUCGUUCUCGCUUAAAAAGGAUAAGGUCAGUUCCUGAGAACGAGCCAGAUCUCUGCAGGAAAUCUGGCCACUUCCUCCAGAGAGGGAAGUUAUUCCGCAUCGGCAUCUGCAAUCGCCAUUGAUCAGCAAGAAAAUUUUUGAGCAUCCGAACAGUCCUUAGCAUUCGAUGCUGCCAGUAGCCUGGCAAAAGAUAAACUUAGUCAAAUACAGCAACAACCAACGCCGGAAAACUACUUCUGGCAAGGGUUUAGGAGCGGCAGAGCCACACUCGAGUGUAGCGAUCGACGAUAACCAACCGAAACCGGCAAAUAUAAACCAUGAGGCCAAUCAAGCUGCUAUCGAUACGAUUAAUGACGGUAGUAUUAAGACGCUUGAUUCCGUCAUGGAAGAAUCAUUUGGAAACUACUCGGACUGGCAACAAGUUACUUAAGAAGAGCUGAAUACACUUUUAAUCCUACAGCCACUGGUGCAUUAUAUAGCACCGCCAGACAUAAGACGAAGGACAACGCAUUAACCAUUCUAUAUCAAACAUGCAUUCGCUUCAAUGCGUGCUUGCUAAAGCAACGUUCGAUAUUGCUACACUUUCGCCUUGUCGCUGUAUUGAUGGAAUUAGGAGAACGUUUGGUACAUCACCCUAGUGCACUGUGAGCGUAGAUCGCCCUGUAGAUCCUACAACAAAGAAUUUUGAACAUUAUUGGAUGCAUUUUGUAAAAGUGUGUCGUAGACCUUCUGUAUGCGAGAGUUGGCUGCUGUGCGGUCGAUAUGCGUGAAACUAGAUGAUUGAUCGCUUAGUUUACACUUGUAGCAUUUCACGAUCAUUUCCAUUAAUGUUCAAAGAUUACGGCUGAACUGGUGGCGGUUUGUAAUGUUGUUAUACGCGUAAUUGGCGCAGAUUGACUCUGCCGAAAGGUAAAUGUAUCGCAAAAACGAGGAUCGUGGAAGCACGAAGUUAUCUACCGAAAGAAGGUAAUGCGUACCACCUUGGCUUGGCUUCACAAGUGCUGCAUGCUUGAGCAUGGAAUAGGCAUGCUUAUUUCUUGGGAAACUAAACUGUGUGAUUCACAAAUGUGUAUACUCUAAGGAAGUUUACAGUUUUGUUUGCUUAUACUAAAAGCAAAAUGGGAGUGAAUUUAAUUUCGUUUUAUAUUGCUAUUACGACAAUGUUUCGGUUUGUUUUUAUUUCGACAACGUACGGAUUUGAGCCGUAACGUAAAUUUCCGCAAUAAAAUCUGUUCUCAAUGUCAUCAAAAUUCUCACGAGGGACAAGGUGGUAGAUCAGGCAAAGAGCUUACUUUUCAAGCCUUUUAAUUGUUUUCUUGUACGUUUCUUUUUUAUUUACAUUUAUUCAUACAAACUCUAUUCUUUAGAAUAAAACAUACCAUUAGCGAAUCGAAACUGCCGUUCAAUUUAGAUAUAUUUCCACGUUCGGUGUAUAUAAAUUUACACUUCUAUAUUUUUGUAACAAAGCAGCAGUAACAAAAAGAAAGGAAACAGGGCAAGUUACACUUAAAGAGAAAAUCGAACUAAGAGCGGAUGACCCAAAACCCUCAUCAAAUAGAUUUGAAGGUGGUAGGGCUAAAGUUUCAGGGCAGCAACAAAAAACAAGUAAAAAUCACACACAAUGCUAUGUGCACCAUGUAAAUCAGUUUUAGAAAACUAUGAAAACAGCUUGUGUAACGCCUUUUGCCUAGCGUGUACGUAAACCGAUCUGUUGCUUUUCCUUAAAAAACCAGUGAUAGCUACCGCCUCAAUGACUAAAUAUACUAGUAGCGGUGCUGAACAUACGAAAGAGA